AUGGGAAGAUCGGGAGGGAUUCUUACCGUUUGGAACAAAGAGAGUGUGGAGGUUUUGAGUAGCUUUAGAGGAGAGGGAUAUCUUGGGAUCCAUGUUAAGUGGCAUGGUAACUUAUACUAUGUGGUGAACAUUUACUCUCCUUGCGAUCUUCAUAAGAAAAAAGUUUUGUGGCAUACUCUUUUAAAGUUGAAGGAGUCUUUAAAAGACGGCGAAUGGAUUAUAGGAGGUGAUUUUAAUGCUACGAAAAAUGGUAGGGAACGAAAAGGAAGGGCGAUCUCGGUGAGUAAUAGAGAUUCGGAACUUUUCUCGGAGUUUAUUGAUAAAAGCGCUUUGGUGGACAUACCUUGUAAAGGUAAAAAGUUUACUUGGUUUAGCGGUGGCGGUAAAUCUAUGAGCCGUAUAGAUCGAUUCAUUGUUUCGAGUAUUGUUGUAGAUAGGUGGGAGGUGAUUGGUCAAGCGGUUGGUGAUAGAGACAUCUCGGAUCAUUGUCCAAUUUGGUUGAUGAAAGACAAUUCUAAUUGGGGUCCUAAACCUUUUAGGUUCAACAAUGAGUGGUUUUCUAAUAGUUCUUUUGUCUCUUUUGUGGAAAAGGAGUGGUUGAGUUUGAAAUUGGAAGGAAGGGGUGAUUUUGUCUUGAAAGAGAAACUUAGGCUUCUUAAAGAUAAACUUAGAAGAUGGGACAAGGAGGUGUUUCGGAAGAUUGAGCUAGACAUGGAACAAGGGGUUCGUGAUUUGAAUGAGGCCGAUGAUAGGUUGGUUUUCGCUACUAAUUCUUCUUCUUCUUCUUCUUCUUCUUCUUCUUCUUCUUUUGUAGAAAAUUUUUAUUUGAGGAAAGAAGCGUGUAGUAGUUUUUGGAGGAAUUUGAGGAUAAAGGAGAAUUUGAUGCUUCAAAAAUCUAGGUUGUCUUGGCUAAAAGAGGGGGACUCGAAUAGUAGUUUUUUUCCAUAA